AAUUUUAAAUAUAUUGAAUAACUCCAAUAAGCAAAAUGUCUUAUAUACUCCCAUACAUACAUAUAUGUAUAUGUAACAUACUAAAAAUAAAAGCGAACAAUAAGCCCACACAAUAGUCAGCAGUUCAAAAUAAUAAACAUAUUAAUUGGAAAUAAGUUUGUAAAUAUCUUUUCUUCUCUGAAAUGCAAACUUAGUGAUUUUUUAAACCAAAACAAAGCUGUGGAAGUAUAAAUAACAGCGAUAACAGAUAUCUAAGAAUCAUUGUACAUAUGUAUGUAUGUAGUAUGUAUACCUAAAAAUUAUGGUUGGUUCAUUAGCGCUCAUAUUGAACUGUCUGGCAAAAACUCAAUUCGAAAAACUACUACUGCUGUCGUGGAAAACAUUUUAAACAAAAAACUAAUCUUCAAAGCACCAAACGCAAAUAAAUCAUCUCCAACGAUAAUGUCUAUACCUCAGCUUAAGGUCCAGCAAAUGAUUAACCGAAACUCGACAGCCAUCCAGGCUAGUCUCAGUACUCAUCCCAAUUCCCAUAGUUCAAGCCAACAUCAAGGGUGUCGUGGAGGCAGGCAGCAUGUUCAAUAUUUCAGCAGGAGCUUUGGCUCAUCAGCUUUUCUUUAUAAUCGCCAAGAAGGGAGACAGCAAGAGUUAUCAGAUCCUGAUCCAAAUCCAGAUACGCUUGCCAGCAACUUGAAUUUACAGCAGCGCAGUUCGACUUCCGAUGGCUGUGAACUCUCUGUAUCUUCUCAAGCCAUAUUGCUACCAAAUGUAACGGGCAGUUUAACAAAAACGGAGGUUCCCAAUUUAAGUUUAAGCACUACUAUCUCAAGCAGCUGCUGUAAGGCUACGGCACAACCUGAACCCGAGGAAGAGAAUCCCCAACCGAUGGAGAGUCAAAGUUAUUUAUUUCACGAGCAAAUCAUCAUGUCUGGCCACCAGAAAAGUGCUCUGCAGGAUAAGCCAAAAGUACUCGUCGUUUCGCCUCAGCAAGUUAUGAUCUUGUAUAUGCAUAAGCUAACUCCCUACGAACGUACGGAAAUACUGGCCUAUCCACAGAUAUAUUUUAUAGGGGCAAAUGCAAAGAAGCGUCCCGGUAUUUAUGGACCUAACAAUUCGGAUUAUGAUAAUGAACAAGGGGCUUAUAUACAUGUUCCGCAUGAUCAUGUGGCGUAUCGUUAUGAAAUGUUGAAAAUAAUUGGUAAGGGCAGCUUCGGACAAGUGAUAAAGGCCUAUGAUCACAAAACCCACGAGCAUGUUGCUCUUAAAAUUGUGCGUAACGAGAAGAGGUUUCAUCGUCAGGCACAGGAGGAGAUCCGAAUUCUUCAUCAUUUGCGGCGACAUGAUAAAUAUAAUACAAUGAACAUUAUCCACAUGUUCGAUUACUUUACAUUUCGCAAUCAUACUUGCAUCACAUUUGAGCUUCUUAGCAUUAAUCUUUACGAAUUGAUUAAAAAGAACGGGUUUAAGGGCUUUAGCCUUCAGUUGGUCCGAAAAUUUGCACAUUCGUUGCUUCAAUGCUUGGAUGCUUUGUAUAAAAGCGAUAUUAUCCAUUGUGAUAUGAAGCCGGAGAAUGUUCUACUAAAGCAACAAGGUCGUUCGGGUAUAAAGGUGAUUGACUUUGGGUCGUCUUGCUUUGAAAAUCAACGAAUCUAUACAUAUAUACAGUCACGUUUCUAUCGCGCUCCCGAAGUCAUAUUAGGCUCAAAAUAUGGCCGCGCCAUUGAUAUGUGGUCAUUGGGUUGCAUCUUAGCGGAAUUGCUAUCGGGUCAUGCCCUGUUUCCAGGCGAAAAUGAAAGCGAUCAGCUGGCAUGCAUUAUUGAAGUGUUGGGAAUGCCAAAUAAAAAUAUUUUAGCUAGUUCGAAGAGAUCUAAAUCAUUUUUUAGCCCAAAGGGAUAUCCCCGCUACUGCACUGUCCGCACCAUGUCCGAUGGCAUGGUGGUUCUAAUCGGUGGUCAGUCCCGUAGGGGCAAGCCACGCGGUCCUCCUUGCUCCAAGAGUUUAUCCAAGGCACUUGAUGGAUGUAAGGAUCCACUGUUUCUCAAUUUCAUACGCGGCUGCCUAGAAUGGGAUGCAGAGAAACGAUUGACACCAUCGGAAGCAUUAAAGCAUCCAUGGCUGCGUCGUCGGCUGCCCAGGCCGCCGAGCACUACAAGUGGCGGUUGUAAUACAAGCGGUAAUCAGUCCCCAGUAACAGGUGUAAACAAAUGCUCCGCAAAUGAAGUAACAAAUACAAAUUCUUCAACAUCGGCCACAUCCAUUUCAUUGACUAUUGAAAGGGACAACGAAAAUAUGCAUUCAGAUUUAAAACUCUCAAAACUUUUUAACUUAAAUGUCAACGAAGGCGAAUUAAUGACUAGCAAAGACACGGAUAUCUUAGAAGAGAGUUUAAAAAAGGCCAGCGUUAAUGAUAUCUCGCCACGAUUAUUAUUACCAUCAACGACAGUGCAUUCAGCGGAUUCUGCUGAAACAUCUAGAUAUUAUCCAGCAUCUCUGCCCUAUUUACCUCAUUUAAUGAACAAUAAUGGAAUGAAUAGAUUUACUGGCUCUCUAAACAGCUCGGCCAACUCUUUGACCCAACUGGAGCAUGUCACAAAUUUGGAUAUCUUGCAAGAUUACUCCUCGACCUCAAGCACGCCCAAUUUAAAGGAGAAAGAUACAGGUUCUGUAUAUGCCAUAAAUACAGCUAACGAGUCCAUAGCUAACCUGGAUAGUAGUGCUUAUGAUAUGGAUAAAUCCAUCGAAAUUAUUAGUGGUAACUCUAAUCUAUCAAGUAUAAGAAAUGAUAUGUAGCCAAUUCCUGACAAUAUCAAAUAUUUUGCCAUUUUAAUGAUCAUGCAAAGCGCAGUUCGUCAUGCUUGUUAUUGAUUUGAUUUAUUAUUUAAAAAAGGGCACUGCCAAUAAAAAGUGAUACAAAAUGAA